CAGAGCAAAGCAAAUGUCAAUUUUUUGUUUAUUAGUAAAAUCUUGUGUUCUGCUUUAAAUUGAAUUCAUUUUACUUUCACAUAUUUCAAAUAAUGUUUUCCCAUUAAUAAUUUUAGGACAGAUUAAUAUACGAAAUGAAUAAAACCGCAAACAUUAUGACUGUAGGAAAUCCAGGAGGUGCUACCACUACGGAUAAAAGCACAGACUGGCAGCUGGAGUUACUGAUGGAGAAAUUGCGAUCGAAAGCAUCACAACUAAAAUCUCUUCAGGAAACCUCGAAAACUGUCCGGUUAACGAUGCUGGAUAAAAGAUAUUCCUUAGAUAGCGUAGAGAAAAGCCAACACCAAAAGUGCUUAGAUACUUUACAGCACUGCAUUAAAGUAACUUCCUUACAAAGUAUGAUCGAGAGGCUAGAAAGUUUAACGAGGCAGCUAGGGUUAAAAUUCAUGGUGGGCCCCUCCGGAACCGACCUUUUUAUCUCAUCCGACAUGUUUUACCUCGAGAUAAUCCUCGAAUCGACCGGAGCGGUUCGUGACGUUAAAGUGCAUCACGAAGGGAAAAUGGAGCAACAGAGCUGUGCGGAAUUGGUGUCCUGCCUCACUCGGCAGGAUUUCAACGAUUUUACCGCCCAACUCGAAGGGUUCGCCUCGAUUUACCAGCUAAACGCCGAAAAGAAGAUCAAGUGCAAGGCGUUUACCGCCCUGCAGUCUCUCGAGUCCGAUCUGACCACUCUGGCCGAAUUGCAGACGUUCAUGAAGGAACCGUUUAAUUUGUUGCACAAGUCGCCGGUCGGUAUUCUCGAGAAACGCAAAGGGGGUCAUCCUAUGAAGCUGACCUAUUUUGUGUCACCUUACGAUUUGCUCGACACCGAGACGGCGGAAUUAAAGCCGAUUACGGUGGAAUCUGUUAUAAGUAAAAAUUUAGGUUAUAGUGUUACAGUUUGUAUGGAAGGAUCUGCCGCUCAUAAAUUGCAAACGACUACGUUAAUUACGGUUAAUAGGAAUUUUAAUGGUAAAAGUACACCAUCAUUCGCUGCCUUAACAAACCAGAAUAGUGCCGUUAUACCCGCUUGCUUUAUGUUAAAAUUAAAUAAACCUAUGCCCAUGUGUGUGUCGCUUAUACAACAAAUUCAACAAUUGACCGAAUUAGAAUGUGUGGAAAUGUCGUCGACUCAUCCACUACUUAGCCUUAUAGUGACACACGCGAGUGAUGGUCAGAUUGAACCAGGAAAUAAUAAAGGACUGUUUGUUACCCUACCGGAACAGCAGCACUGUUAUUUUUUGACCGACAACAAGAGCAUGGAGGGAAUUUUGGUGCACAGUAUACCCUUUACUCAUCCUGGUCACGUGUCUCAAAUUUUAGUCAUAUUACGCCAACAGGCUCUGUUCAACAGUAUUAUUUCCAGUUGUGUUCGUCCGAACAGCAAGCAAGAUCUAGAAAACAUGAUCAUGUUCGAAAUAAGCGCGUUGUCAUGGACCCACAUAUCAAUUUCAAUGGAACACCCCGUAGAAGAAACCAUGGCGACUGCCGAAGUUGAUCUGACCGAAAUUUCUAACCUUCAAUGUCGAAUACACAGUCCGGGCACUCUACUACCUCUAAACACGCCAGACACUGCCUCCGAAUUGGCGACGAAAAUUUUAAAUCGUUGCCUAUCGAUACCGGUAACGAUGCGGUCAAUCAUCAAGUUGUGGGAUAAGCAAGUUGUACGAAAACAUCAAUUUAAUGGGCACGAAAAUUUUAGUUUACCCCUCGGUUCGGGCGACCCGGGGGGUCACAAGGGUCCACCAGGUAACAGUCUAACCGAGUUUGGUGGCCUCGACGGUAAGUUAAAGCAGGAGCCGUCGAACGGUAGCGGAUUGCCGCACGGCAUGAACCUAUCGAUACUCUCGCAUUCGCAUCAGGGCAUGUUCCUUAACGAAUCCAUGAUGGCGAGCGCAAAUUUUUCCAAUUUUCCGACUGCCGACGUUCCGAUGUUUACGAGCAUGGAACUGACUAACAUUUUGGCCGGCACCGGUCAGUCGGAUAAAUCGAUGAAGCGCCAAAAACGUAAGGGGGACGAUUUUUGGAAGAGCUCAAAACGUAAAGCCGGCGACGACGCGGAACUGAUGGAGACAUCCAGCAGCGAUUCCAUGUCGCACAGUACGCCUCUAUCUCAGGAGGCGCCGUCGGAGAUCGGCAUGAUGACACCGACGUCGGUUGUGGGGUUUCAGUCGGAUCUGGAGCUCUCCGGUCUUGAUCCGGCCGAGCUGAUAGGUAGUUCGGACAAGGCGUUGGGGGAGUACGAUAAUAUUGACGAGCUGGGUGACGUCGAGGAAAUGCUGGCGGCGAGUUCGUCCAGAGAUCACAAAAUCAGAAAGUCGCGAGAUCUUCAAAAGUCACCUUCUUUAGGAAACGUUAUGGAAAUGCAAGACAAAAGUUUAGUCUCGCCAAGUGUAAGUAUUACGCCUAUUAGCACACCACAGGGGUUUAACGGAGGGAAUGGUGCACAACCCAGGCCUGGAAUUGAAAUUAUUCCAAUCGCCAGAACGUCACCUAACGCGAUACCUAGUUCAAUAACUAUUACCCCAAUUUCCUCAUCUCAAGCGCGGAGCAUAGACGAACGGAGUCGUGAGAAGAAGAGCAGUAAGAGUCGAUCCGAAGACAAGAACCGUUUAGAGAAAAAGCGCAAGCGGAAGCGAGAUGAAAGUCCGAUGGGACCUCCAGAGAAAAUUCCUCCCAAACAAGAUCCCCUUACUAAGCCAGUAACGGUCAGCAUUAAACCGGCAGAGUCUCCUCCUUUAAGUAGUACACCCACCUCCCCAAGUGGAAUGAGAAAAUUUAGUAGUUCACCUACGCAUAGCAAAAGUUUUUCGGUUAGCGGCAAACUCAGUCCCAGCAUGAUGAAGUCGGGUAUAAAAAGUGCGGCCCCUUCUCACCCAAGCCCCAAGCAUUCUCCCGCCCAAGUCUCCAACAGUCCCAAGCACACUUUGCCCGGCAUUUCAAGUCCGAAAAGUCACGCAACCUCUCCCAAGCACCCGUCAACUGGCAGUUCCGGAAAACCGAGCAUGUCAACGCUUAAAAGCGCGGCAAAUUCCCCAUCGAAUAAAUCUAGCGGCGACAUAAAAAAGUCGACUAAAGACAGUUCGAGGGACAAAGAUAAAAAAUCGUUUAACAUGUCGAGUGUAAAUAAGGUGAAAUCAUCGUCGGUUAAGUUGAAGCAGCUCGAUUUAAAUACCGCGUCAGAUUUUUCCGGUUCUGCUAACCAAAACGAAAAUGUACCGUCGCCUCCGGGUGCCGGUGACUGUCAGAAAACGAAUUCGGGUCAGGUUAGGAACCGAAAGGGAUCAUUGUCGGCGGUAAUCGAUAAGUUAAAAUCGGCUCAACACUGUGAUGGUCCCGUCGACUUGAACAUGAAGCAAAGCUCGAACCGUGAACGCUCGAUACCUUCAAUGAGUAAAACAUCUGAUGGAAGUAAAAAUGUCGGUAAAGUAGGCGGCGAGAACAAGAAUUCCGAGUAUAUGGUCAAACCAAGUUCUGACGGUAUGAAAAUUACCAUAAAUAAAACUAGAACGAAGGAGAGUUCGAAGUCAAUGUUAAAAUCGCAAAGUUCCGGCAGCGGUUCGCCAAAGACUCAUACAGGUUUAAAACCGGGUGUAAAUAGUGGACCAGCAUCGAAGAAGCCUCAACAGUUCACGCAAAAAUCUAGUUCUAGUCCUAGCCUUUCCAAUUCUAGUUCGGGUAAUUACGGGUUUAAAACAGGAUCAAGCUCGAGUAGCGGUAAAACGCCGACCAACCUAAAAUCUUCGACCAUCAGUUCGAAAUCUUCAAAAUUGAGCGGAUCUCCCAAGACGGGCCCGUCAGAUCUCAGUCGCAGCAAAGAUCGGCCUCGGCUAAACAAAAGUACAUCAGAUAAGUCGAUCUUUAGCAGUUCGAGGGAGCGCAAAUCCAGUCCGACGCAGAGUCGCGAGGAGUCGGAAAGCGAAAAGGCCUUCAAGCUCGCGCUGUCCAAGAUGGAUCCGUACUCCGCCGCGCCCCUCAUGUCCGACGGCAUGAUGAAGCAGUUGGACAAGAAUUUUCAAAUUCCGAAGCUGUCGGCGCGUAACGCCGAGGAUAAGAAAACGUCUUCCAAUAAGAUUAAUACGACCGCUGACGCUUUAAAUAAUAUUAGUAGGAACGUUGAAAGCACGAAAAUGUACGAUAUGAUCAAGAACGACGUGACGAAGUACCCGUUAUCGCUGUCCAGUACGAAAAUGUACGACUCGAGCAUCGAAUCUAAAAUCCGCAACAGCAUGAAUAUGAUGAGCGCGGGCGUCGUCAACAUGAACGUCCUAUCGAACACGUUGAGUCCGAAAUCGAAUCUACCCAACUCCUUGCACAGCGAACACCCCGAGAGUGACAUAAAGAAGGACGUUCCGCAAAAUUUAAGUGCUCACAAUUUCGCCAUACCCCCCUCGAAACCGUUCGCGUCGUCGAUAAUCGCGUCCGAUUUGUCGACGAAAAGCGUCGACCUCACCUCGAAGUUCGCGAGCUCCGUAGACACCAAAAAGGAUGCCAAAAGUUUCGUAAAGGACGUCGGUGACGUGUUAUUGGACUUUUCUAGUACAAGUAAAAGCGACGGCGGCAAACUCGGCGCGGUAAGUACACAGAUGCUGGGAACGGCGGCGGCCGCCUAUCCUCCCUCCUCGUCGGUAAGCGUUCAUAUUGUUAAAUCGCCAGCUCCCAGCGCCAAUUCGGGAUCGCCUUGUAUUACCGACGACGAACUAAUGGACGAAGCUUUAGUCGGUUUAGAUAUUUUCAUGACCAGAUAUGAAGAAUCCGAAACCGAGACGAGAACUAAAUCAUUUUUCUUUGUUGCUAAAUACUCAUUCUCACAGGAAACCGACACACUGUGCAUCAUGUUUAAUAUUGUUGUAUUAUAUCAGGAUUGCCAUGAAUUAAUAGCAUUAAAUUGUAGACAAUUCAUUAGAUAAGGUAUUUAUUGAAAAAUUUAUAUAUAUUUUAUGUUGUACAUAUAUACUAGCAGAUUAUCAAAUUAUGAACAACUGGAGGCUUUGGUGAAUCCAGGAUGCAAACUAAGCAAUUAAUAUUGUAAAUAAAUAUGUUUUAAACAAG